AAUCAAAAAGAUGGUGUUCAAAAAAUUUUGUCCACCACCAUAUUUGAAUUCAUCCAUUUAUCGCUUAAAUACAAUCAAUUGUUGAAAAACAAUAAUGUUGAUUGAUCAAUAAUUCUCGAUGGAAAGCUUGUCAAGAAUAUCAAUCGUUACAAUGAGCUAUUUAGAAAGCGCCUUAGGGCUGCUCAUCGCUCUUUGAUUCGAAAUACAAAUUAAAAUUUUGUAAAUAUUUGUAAUUAAAAACUCGCAAAAUUUUCAUAUCGCAUUUAAAUUUCCCACAUCAAAUUGUAAAAUCUAAUGAAGCGCUUCAGUCUUUCUAAUCACCAAUCAAAAGUUUUGAUCCAAAACUAAUUCUGUAACAGAAUUUCUGUUUCCCUCUCUUAAAACAUUUACAUCUUCGACCUUUUGAUUCACAAAAGUCUGUACAUUGUAUUGAAGUGACUAUUGAGCCUGAUUUUAUCGAUAUUUCAUAGCACAAUUCAAUCAAAAGUUUAAACCGUUAACGGACAUCAUGUUGUCAGAAUUAAGUGGACCAACUAAUAGUUUUGGACUUCGUUUCUUGGAACAAUUAAACACCAGUGAUCCGAAUAAAAAUGUCGUUUUCUCUCCUUUAAGUGUCAUCUUAGCCUAUGGAAUGUUAUUGGAAGGAGCGACUGGUACAACUAGAGAACAGAUCAAAGAGGUUCUCCAAUUAUCUUCUGAAGUUUCUCAAGCCGCGAAAAAGCUUCUUUAUGAAUAUAAAUCGAUUGCCGAUGGUAAAAGUGAUCGUAGCUUCUCGUUGUUUUAUGGCAAUUUGUUGAUGGUCAAUAAAGAUUAUCCAUUAAAAGAAGCGUUUGUUCAAAGCUUAACGACUAAUUAUUUCGCUCAAGUGACAAAUGAAGAUUUUCAGAAUGGAAAGGCAAUUAUGGAUAAGCUAAAUUCGUGGGUCUCUGAAAAAACCUGUGGGAAAAUCGGUGAAGUCUUAUCCAGAUCCCCGAAUCCAGAAAUGUUAUUAUUGGUCAUUAACACUCUUUAUUUCAAAGGAAAAUGGGCCAAACCUUUCAAUAAAAAGUACACAUUUGAUGAGACUUUCGCUAAUUCUGAUGGAACUAAGAGUAAAAUUAAAAUGAUGUCACUUCCUAAUACAUAUCGUAAUUAUCUUCACAAUCGCUCAGCCAAAUUCAAGAUUGUUGAGCUCCCAUACAACGGGGAUGUUAGUAUGAUCUUCAUUCUGCCCACCAAAUCCAAUACUGUGUCCAAUUUGAUCUCUACUUUACAUCCUACGGAAUUAGAAAAUCUUCUGAAUUCUAUGUGUCUGACAUAUCUCAAGUUGGUUAAUAUUCCUAAAUUUAAGCUUCAAGAUUUUCACGAUUUAGAUAAUAUUCUUUCACGAAUGGGAAUGGAACUGCCAUUUACUGAACAAGCAGAAUUUAAAAAUAUCACUGAAGAAUCUGAUUUACUUUUUGUAUCCGAAUCCCUUCAAACUGCUCUCAUAGAAGUAGAUGAAGAGGGAACUGUCGCUGUAGCGAACACUCGUAUGAAGAUGACGGGUGGAGCUGGUCCAAAGUUUUAUGAAGAUUUCAUUCUCGACAGACCUUUCAUCUUCAUGAUUCGUGACAAUCUAACUGGAGUCAAUCUCUUUCUCGGUCAAAUGAACAAUAUGCGCGAUCUAAAUUAGUCCCUUCCAUGUCUCACCCUGAACACUUCUUACCAAUCAACUAAUAACUACCAAGAUUAAUUUCAUGUAUAAAGAUCAUCCGUUCAUUAGGAUCAUUGAUGAACUGAACUCAAGAACCAAGAAGCUAUUCAAUUUAUAUUCUCUGUACUCAUUUGUCACAAAUUGAAUAAUUAGCUAGAUUACUAAUGAUUCAAUAAAACUAUUGCUAAUUUUUGAUCAACUAUUAUUAAUAAUAUUCGAAC